CGACGAUCUUUUCCAGACAGAUCUGUCAUCUCUGCCAUCGCUUUUUCCAGAUCCCCUCGGAUGGUGCAGCAGAAACUACGGUAAAACCAGAGGAGGCGUUAGGAGGGUUCUGACCUUGGAGUCUGACAUUUCUUGGAUGUUCUAGGACAUCAAUAGAAAGGACUGCAGUAAAAAGUGCUGGUGUAAAUGACUGCUGUGGCCUCAAAGACCAAGAGAACCUGCUCAGUCAGCUGAAGCCCCCUGUGGACAGCUGUCUCUCCCUCGCUCUCAGCUGAUGGAAACUGCUAGUAACCACUGAAUGGGGGUGAGUGAAGUAAAACCACAGGACCAGCAGCUGCAGCUCCAGUGGUGGCAGCAGCAGCAGCAGCAGCAGCAGCAGCAGCAGCAGCAGCAAGCAAGAGCUCUAUUGUUCCCAAGUCUUAAACAGUUUUCUUCCUUUCCAACUGAAAUGUACAAUAGCUGGAAAGCCAUUUCCAGUCUCCCUGCCCUCUGAAGAAAUCCCCGACCAGAGGGGCGGGUGGGAGAAACCCUUCAGGCAAGGGUUCUCUAUUGUGCUGCUGGUUUGAAGAGUGAGCAGGCUCCUGGCAGGCAUGGAGAUGGCAGAGCAGUAUAUAGCUUUCCUUGGUGGUGUGGUGGUCUCAGCUCACUCAAGCAAGUGCCUGGAGGUCCUUGCACUUCUCUGGUUUGCGAUCUGGGUCGCUACAGCACAAAGUGAAUUGGAAACUUCAGUGUAUUUGUGGAAGACAGGUCCAUGGGGCAGGUGUAUGGGAGAUGAAUGUGGCCCAGGAGGUACCCAGACUCGAGCUAUAUGGUGUGCUCAUGUGGAAGGAUGGACUACCCUCUUCACAAAUUGCAAGCAGGCAGAGAGACCUGACAACCAACAGAAUUGCUUCAGAGUUUGUGACUGGCACAAGGAACUGUAUGACUGGCAGCUGGGCAGCUGGAACCAGUGUCAGCCCAUUCUUUCAAAAAGCAUUGAAAAAACAACAGUAUGUGUGAAUGGGGAAGAAGGAAUUCAGAGGAGAGAUAUUAUUUGUGUCCAAAAAUCAAAUGGUGUGAUAGUUGAGGACGCCAUAUGUGAAUACUUUGAGCCAAAGCCUCAGCUAGAACAGGGAUGUCUCAUCCCUUGCCAGCAAGAUUGCAUUGUAUCUGACUUCUCAGCCUGGACAGAGUGUUCUAAGAGCUGCGGCAAAGGGCUAUCCUACCGUUUUCGCCAUAUUGUAGCUCCCCCUCGUUAUGGGGGUUCUGCCUGCCCCAAUCUGACAGAGUUUCAGGCUUGUAGCUCAGCCCUCUGUGCCACUGAAGAAAACCUGUAUAGUCUGAAUGUGGGGUCCUGGAGUACCUGUUCAAUUCCUCACUUGCGGCAUGUCAGACAGGCAAGGAAACGUGGGAAGAACAAAGAAAAGGAGAAAGAAAAGGAGAAGAAUAUUCGGGAUCCAGAAACCCGGGAAUUAAUUAAGAAGAAAAGGAAUCAUAACAGGCAGAACAGACAGGAGAAUAAAUAUUGGGACAUACAAAUUGGAUAUCAGACCCGGCAGGUGAUGUGCACACACAGGAAUGGAAAGACGGUUGCUUUAAGUUUUUGUCAACAAGAAAAAUUGCCAAUUACAUUCCAAUCUUGUGUGAUCACAAAGGAAUGCCAGGUGUCAGAAUGGUCUGAAUGGAGCCCAUGUUCCAAAACAUGUUUUGAUAUGACAUCCUCGAAAGGAUAUCGUACAAGAACACGGACAAUAAAGCAAUUUCCUAUUGGCAGUGAAAGUGAGUGUCCAAACCUAGAAGAAACAGAGCAGUGUGUAACUCAAGGAGAUGGAGUGACUGCUUGUAUCACAUAUGGCUGGAGAACCACAGAAUGGACAGAAUGUCGCAUUGACCCUUUACUUAGCCAACAGGAUAAGCGACGAGGGAAUCAAACAUCCCUUUGUGGAGGUGGGAUUCAGACUCGAGAGAUGUAUUGUGUGCAAGCGAAUGAAAAUCUCCUCUCUUAUUUAAAUACACUCAAGGAAAAAAAAGAAAGUCAGUCCCAGAGAACAUCAAAAACUAGUGCUGCUCCACUUCUAUCCAUCACUUUUGAAAUAACAGCUUCUAAACCUGUGGAUUGGAAACUGUGCACAGGCCCUACUCCCAGCACUACCCAACUGUGCCACAUCCCAUGUCCUAUAGAGUGUGAGGUAUCAGCUUGGUCAGCAUGGGGAUUGUGUACCUUUGAAAACUGUGAGGACCAGCAAGCCAAAAAGGGUUUUAAAUUAAGAAAGCGUCGCAUCAAAAAUGAACCCACAGGAGGCACUGGCAACUGUCCCCAUUUGAUUGAAGCGAUCCCGUGUGAAGAGCCUUCUUGCUAUGAAUGGAAAAUAGUGAGCCUGGAUGAGUGUAUUCCAGAUAAUGAGAAAGAUUGUGGACCUGGUACACAAGUGCCUCAAGUAGUCUGCAUAAGCAGUGAUGGAGAAGAAGUUGAUAGACAGCUCUGCAGAGAUGCUAUCUAUCCCGUCCCCAUUGUCUGUGAAAUUCCAUGCCCCAAGGACUGUGUUCUCAGCACAUGGUCUGGAUGGUCGUCCUGCUCUCACACCUGCUCAGGGAAAACCACAGAAGGGAAACAGGUGCGCACCCGCUCCAUCCUGGCAUAUGCAGGUGAAGGUGGUCUUCAGUGCCCAAAUAUCAGCAUGCUACAGGAAACACGCAAUUGCAAUGAUCAUCCUUGUACAGUUUAUCACUGGCAGACUGGACAGUGGGGGCAAUGCAUAGAAGAUACUUCUGUGUCUGCAUUCAACUCUUCUGCUGGUUGGAAUGGAGAAGCUACCUGUGCUGUUGGAAUGCAAACAAGGAAAGUCAUCUGUGUGAGACUCAACAUGGGACAAGUACCACCCAAAAAGUGUCCCGAAAACCUUCGUCCUGAAACUGUUAGACCUUGUUUAUUGCCCUGCAGGAAAGACUGCAUUGUGACUCCUUACAGUGAUUGGACACUGUGUCCUUCUUUAUGUCAAGAAGGGUCAGUUGUUACUGUGACAAAACAAUCUCGACAUCGAGUCAUCUUGCAGCUCCCUGCAAAUGGGGGUCGCGACUGCCCAGAGACCUUAUAUGAAGAAAAAGACUGUGAUCCGCCUCCUGUCUGCGUGUUUUAUAGAUGGAAGACACACAAAUGGCGCCGGUGCCAACUUGUACCAUGGUAUGUUCGGCAAGACAGCCCAGGUGCCCAAGAAACAUGUGGUCCAGGUCUACAAGCAAGAGCUAUUACAUGUCGCAAACAAGAUGGCAGUCAGGCUGAUAUUGGUGAAUGCCUCAAAUAUGCAGGGCCUUUACCACCCUUAACACAACUCUGCCAAAUUCCUUGUCAAGAUGACUGCCUGUUCACAACCUGGUCAAAAUUUUCUGCCUGCGGUGUGGACUGUGGAUCAGUUAGAACAAGGAAGCGCUUACUAAUUGGGAAAAGUAAGAAGAAAGAGAAAUGUAAGAAUCCUCAACUGUAUCCACUCAUUGAGACCCAAUUCUGCCAGUGUGACAAAUACAAUGCCCAACCAGUUGGGAACUGGUCAGACUGUAUAUUACCUGAAGGCAAAGUAGACAUACUUAUGGGAAUGAAAGUUCAAGGAGACAUCAAAGAGUGUGGACAAGGCUACCGUUAUCAAGCCAUGGCUUGUUAUGAUCAAAGCAGUAGACUUGUUGAAACAUCCCGAUGCAACAGUCAUGGCUACAUUGAGGAGGCUUGCAUCAUUCCAUGUCCAUCAGACUGCAAACUCAGUGAGUGGUCCAAUUGGUCUCGCUGUAGCAAAUCGUGUGGGAGUGGAGUGAAAGUCAGGUCUAAAUGGCUCCGGGAGAAGCCUUACAAUGGUGGAAGGCCCUGCCCUAAACUGGAUCAUGUGAAUCAGGUUUACGAAGUGGUCCCUUGCCAUAGUGACUGUGGUCAGUAUAUAGGAGUCACUGAACCCUGGAGUGUCUGCAAAGUGACUAAUGUGGACUUAAAGGAGAAUUGUGGAGUGGGUGUGCAAACCAGAAAAGUGAGAUGCAUGCAAAACACUGUAGACGGUCCUUCAGACAUCGUGGAAGACUAUCUGUGUGAUCAAGAGGAGAUGCCAAUUGGUGCUAGAAAAUGCAUACUGCCAUGUCCAGAAGACUGUGUCAUAUCCGAGUGGGGCCAAUGGUCUAGGUGUUCCUUGCCCUGUAAUGGAAGCAGUGUGAGGGAACGUUCCGCAAAGAUCUUAAGGCUGGCUCAGGAAGGAAAGGCCUGUCCUUCUACAGUGGAGACAGAGCCUUGUCAUCUGAACAAAAACUGCUAUCACUAUGAUUACAAUGUGACAGACUGGAGCACAUGCCAGCUAAGUGAGAAAGCUGUUUGUGGUAUUGGGAUCAAAACAAGAAUGCUUGAUUGUGUUCGCAGUGAUGGCAAGUCAGUUGACCUGUUGUACUGUGACAAGCUUGGUCUGGAAAAAAUUUGGAAUAUGAACACCUCCUGCAUGGUGGAAUGUCCUGUCAACUGUCAACUGUCAGACUGGUCUCCAUGGUCUGAAUGCUCACAGGCUUGUGGUCUAACUGGAAGAAUGACACGAAAGAGAACUGUUACUCAACCUUUCCAAGGUGAUGGCAGACCUUGUCCUUCACAAAUGGAGCAGUUCAAACCUUGCCCAGUAAAACCUUGUUAUCGAUGGCAGUACAGUUCAUGGGAAGAAUGUAAAGUUGAGGAUGCCCAGUGUGGAGAAGGAUCAAGAAUUAGAAAUAUUUUCUGUGUGGUCUAUGAUGGAUCUAGUGAUGACAUUGGCAAAAAAGUUGAUGAAGAAUAUUGUGGGGAAAUUGAACCUAUGGUUGAUGGCAAUAAGAAAAUUGUACUUGAAGAAGCUUGUACUGUGCCUUGUCCAGGUGACUGUUACUUAAAGGAGUGGUCACACUGGAGCAUUUGUCAGAUGACCUGCAUCAAUGGGGAAGAUCUUGGUUUUGGAGGAAUACAGGUUCGAUCACGAGCAGUGAUUGUUCAAGAUGUAGAAAAUCAGCACCUUUGUCCAAACCAAGCUUUGGAGACAAGACAAUGUAAUGAUGGCCAUUGUUAUGAAUACAAUUGGAUGGCCAGUGCAUGGAAGGGAUCAUCUCGGACUGUAUGGUGCCAAAGAUCAGAUGGUUUAAAUGUUACAGGAGGUUGCUUAAUGAUGCACCAACCAGAUGUGGACAGGUCAUGUAAGCCAGCAUGCAGCCAGUCCCAUUCUUACUGUAGUGAGACCAGAAUGUGUGUUUGUGAAGAAGGAUAUACAGAAGUAAUGUCUUCUAAUGGCACACUUGAGCAGUGCACUCGCAUCCCGGUGGUAGUUAUCCCCACAGUGGAUCAUAAAGAAGAUGUGAAAACUAGUCGAGCUGUAAACCCCACACAGACACCUAUCACCACACCAGGACGAGGAAGAACUUGGUUCCUCCAACCUUUUGCCCCAGAUGGGAAGCUGAAGACGUGGGUUUAUGGUGUAGCUGCUGGUGCAUUUGUUUUGCUCAUCUUUGUAAUAUCUAUGAUCUAUCUAGCCUGUAAAAAGCCAAAGAAACCACAGAGGAGGCAGAAUAACCGUCUGAAACCUUUAACCCUGGCUUAUGAUGGAGAUGCGGACAUGUAAAAUAAUUGCCUCCCAUUCUUUAAACUUUUGAAACAGUAGUAUUGAAAAACAGCAUGCACAUUGUGGACAAUACCAAACAGAUGUUACACAAGACAAAGGAAAAAAAAAGAUAAGAUGGAUGGCUAUGGAUGUUCUAAGAAGGAAUCUUUGUCCGUGACCACCAAUUGGUACAGCAAAUUCCAGUGGCCAUUUUCAGUUGUAAGCACAUCAGCUGAGCAUCUUUAUGCAGUGCUCUUUGAAACAUACGAACUAUAAAACCACUUGCAUAUUA